GCUGUCGGUAAGUGCUGUAAUCCCCGAUUCCAGGGAUGUUACAGCCCUGGAGGCAUUACCUGUACGUGAUUAGUGGGUCAUUACAGCUGAGCUAGAAGCUUUCCGCGCUGUCGCGUCUUCCAAACAUUAUUCUACCAUUCUACCAACUACAACUUUUUAAGACACAACGCGGUAGUGUUGCUUUUUAGCAAUCAACCCUUGCUACCAAAAUGCGAUGACAAGUGCUGAAUCACUAGUGUACUAUCCUGCGUAUUGCUUCCACCUGUCCCCGACGAUUAACAGAUGGUGUCCCUUACGCGCUAUCGACAUUCAUGACCUCGAGCGUCGACCUGGAUUCGAAGCCGACAAUGUCUUCUUUUCCCUGAACCACCCUAUUCGCUGGGUUCGAAUAGUUGGUGUUGUCCUCGCGAUCGACGAAUUUUAUGGCCACCGAGUCUAUACGGUUGACGAUAGCACUGGUAAGUGCGUCGAGUGCUGCCUAGAUAUUCCGAAGCCAGUCGAUAGCCGUACCAAAAACAGCGAAAGUCAUGAAAAUGACGCUGUUGAGCCUCCACCCGUCGCGGAACCUCAGAACGAUAUCGAUAUUGGGAUGGUCGCCGAAUUUAAGGGUAGCACGAAGAUCUUCAGAGACCAGAAGCAGAUACAUAUCCGGAAGAUGCAGAGAAUAAGGUCUACGAAUCAGGAGGUCCAGUUCUGGAACAAGAUUCGUGACUUCAGGAGAGAGGUCAUUAGCCAACCUUGGGUGUUGGACAGGAGAGAGGUGCGCCGGUGCAAGAAGCAACACAUGAUGGAUGUGGACGCCGAAGAAAGAAAAGAGGCGAGGACGAAGAAAAGAAAAGACCAUAAGAGCGAUGCUGAUGGGGUAAAUCAGAGUAAAGAACGUAAGGCUAAGGUCAGGGAUUUGAGAAUUAAGCCUGCGAAAACGGAGCGCUUGAUUACGUCGGAAGAUAGAAGUCCAGUCACCGAAGAACAAUAUGAUGCGUUAGGACUAUGAAGAGAUAUGCGUAACUAUUCAUGUGAACACUCAGCCCUUGUUGCUUCACGUUUAAGCAUAUUAUACACAUGCUGCCAGAUGGAUCUAAUAUUC